AUAUUUUGAACAUUAUCGAUACUUGCAAGGUCAACUAUGCCAAAGUACUAUUGUGACUACUGUGAUACCUACCUAACUCAUGAUUCUCCAUCCGUGAGAAAAACGCAUUGUGGUGGUAGAAAUCACAAGGAUAAUGUAAAGGAAUAUUAUCAAAAAUGGCUGGAAGAACAGGUCCAAAGAUUAGUAGAUCACACAUCUGAAGCAUACAAGCAGGGUAAAAUGCCUCCACCACUGUUUGGCGCUGCAGCGGGAAUACCACCUCCUGGGCUUGGUUAUCCCCCUCGUUAUCCUCCUAUGAUUGGUGUUCCAACUGGCUUCAGACCACCCCACCCACUAGUUCCUCCACAGGGCAUGAUGAUUCCACCCAGACCACAGAUUCCAUGGCCUCAGCCAGGAGUUGCAGUCCCUCCGACAUACACUGUACCACCACAGUGACAUGAUAAAACAACGAUCGUUUUCAAUAUGUCACUAUGUACAACCAUUAUGUAAUCGCUUAAAAUUCGAUUGUUUAUUGAAAACUGUAUUUUUCUAACCAGAUUUUUUAAUGUAGAUUUUUCACCAUAUGAUACUAGAAGUACCGGGUUCUCUGUGAUUCGCAUUCGUCAAGGAAUCCUUUCUGUAUCCAUUCUAAAAAAAUUCGAUUUUCUGGGAAAAGAUGCAUCAUGUUACUGCGACUCAUCUGUUUAACAUUCAAGAGAGGGAACUUCCGUUAUUAUUUUAAAUUUAGACUUUUUUGCCCAUGUUAACAUGAAUUUUUAAAUCUUUUCAUAUUUGUCUUAAGUUGUA